AUGGCGGACCUGGCGAGCCGCAUCACCAAACCGAGCGACGCGCCCGCCGAGGACGCGGUUGCUCCCGCUCCUGCCGCCACCGAGGGCCAGGGCAACGGUACCGAAGAACCAGCGGAUGACGGUGUCAACAAGGGCCUCGUUGAAACGACAUAUGAUGUCGAGGUCAAGCUGAGCGACCUACAGGCUGACCAAGACAGCCCGCUUUAUUCGGGCGUCUCCUCCUUCGAAGAGCUCGGCCUUCCCAAGUCAAUCAAUGACGGUCUGCUCGCCAUGAACUUCAAGAAGCCCUCGAAAAUCCAAGAGAGGGCCCUGCCGCUCAUGAUCAGCGACCCGCCUACCAAUAUGAUUGCCCAGUCGCAGUCGGGCACCGGCAAGACGGCCGCCUUCGUCCUCACCGUCCUGUCGCGCGUCGAUUUGACCAAGCCCACCCAACCCCAGGCGCUGCUGCUGGCACCCAGCAGAGAGCUUGCGCGCCAGAUCCAGGGCGUCAUUCAGACAAUCGGCCAGUUCUGCGAUAACUUGAUCGUCGAGGCUGCUAUCCCCGGCUCCAUCUCUCGCGAGACGGGCGUCCAGGCGAGCGUUGUGGCGGGAACUCCGGGUACCGUCAUGGAUUUGAUUCGUCGCCGCCAAUUCGACGUGUCCCAGUUGAAGGCAUUGGUUAUCGAUGAGGCCGACAACAUGCUGGACCAGCAGGGUAUGGGCGACCAGUGUGUCCGGGUCAAGGGGAUGCUUCCGAAAACCAUCCAGACUCUCCUGUUCUCGGCCACAUUCCCAGACAAAGUUAUGAAUUUUGCACGGAAAUAUGCGCCCAACGCCAACGAGAUCAAGCUUCGUCACACGGAGCUCACAGUCAAGGGUAUCUCCCAAAUGUACAUGGAUUGCCCCGACGAGAGCAAGAAGUACGACAUUCUCUGCAAGCUUUACGGUCUGAUGACGAUCGGCUCGUCUGUCAUCUUUGUCAAGACGCGUGAUAGCGCCAGCGAAAUCCAGCGACGCAUGGAGGCAGACGGUCACAAGGUCUCGGCGCUCCACGGUGCGCACGAGGGCCAGAACCGUGACGCCCUCCUCGACGAUUUCCGGUCGGGCCGCUCCAAGGUGCUCAUCACCACCAACGUCCUGGCGCGCGGCAUCGACGUGUCCAGCGUGUCCAUGGUGAUCAACUACGACAUCCCGAUGAAGGGAUUCGGGGAUAAGGAACCCGAUAUGGAGACGUACCUCCACCGUAUUGGUCGCACCGGGCGCUUCGGACGUGUUGGCGUCAGUAUUAGUUUUGUCUACGACCACAAGAGCUACGAGGCGCUGUCGAAGAUUGCCGACCAUUACGGCCUCGACCUGGUCCAACUGCGCCCAGACGACUGGGACGCGACGGAGACGAAGGUGCAGGAGGUUAUCAAGUCGAGCCGGGCGCGCCCUGACUAUGCGCCCAACGCGCUCGACAAAUAA